AUGUGUGGGAGAGCUGCUUGCAGCUGUAGUUUGAGAGCAGUCCCUCUCCUCUCCAGCUGUAUUCUUCAGUCUUACCCUCUCCAGGUCCACAGUCUUACCCUCUCCAGGUCCACAGUCUUACCCUCUCCAGGUCCACAUCUCCAGUUCCGCAAUCUUACCCUCUACAGGUCCACAGUCUUACCCUCUCCAGGUCCACAUCUCCAGGUCCACAGUCUUACCCUCUCCAGGUCCACAUCUCCAGGUCCACAGUCUUAUCCUCUCCAGGUCCACAUAUCCAGUUCCACAGUGUUACCGUCUCCAGGUCCACAAUCUUACCCUCUCCAGGUCCACAGUCUUACCCUCUCCAGGUCCACAUCUCCAGGUUUACAGUAUUACCCUCUCCAGGUUUACAGUAUUACCCUCUCCAGGUCCACAGUCUUACCCUCUCCAGGUCCACAUCUCCAGGUCCACAGUCUUACCCUCUCCAGGUCCACAGUCUUACCCUCUCCAGGUCCACAUCUCCAGGUCCACAGUCUUACCCUCUCCAGGUCCACAGUCUUACCCUCUCCAGGUCCACAUCUCCAGGUCCAAAGUCUUACCCUCUCCAGGUCCACAGUCUUACCCUCUCCAGGUCCACAUCUCCAGGUCCACAGUCUUACCCUCUCCAGGUCCACAGUCUUACCCUCUCCAGGUCCACAGUCUUACCCUCUCCAGGUCCACAUCUCCAGGUCCACAGUCUUACCCUCUCCAGGUCCACAUCUCCAGGUCCAUAGUCUUACCCUCUCCAGGUCCACAGUCUUACCCUCUCCAGGUCCACAUCUCCAGGUCCACAGUCUUACCCUCUCCAGGUCCACAGUCUUACCCUCUCCAGGUCCACAUCUCCAGGUCCAAAGUCUUACCCUCUCCAGGUCCACAGUCUUACCCUCUCCAGGUCCACAGUCUUACCCUCUCCAGGUCCACAGUCUUACCCUCUCCAGGUCCACAGUCUUACCCUCUCCAGGUCCACAGUCUUACCCUCUCCAGGUCCACAGUCUUACCCUCUCCAGGUCCACAUCUCCAGGUCCACAGUCUUACCCUCUCCAGGUCCACAUCUCCAGGUCCACAGUCUUACCCUCUCCAGGUCCACAGUCUUACCCUCUCCAGGUCCACAGUCUUACCCUCUCCAGGUCCACAGUCUUACCCUCUCCAGGUCCACAGUCUUACCCUCUCCAGGUCCACAUCUCCAGGUCCACAGUCUUACCCUCUCCAGGUCCACAUCUCCAGGUCCACAGUCUUACCCUCUCCAGGUCCACAUCAACAAGGCUGAGCUGAGACAAAGAUUUUAAAGGACAGGCCUCCUGAGGAGGUGAAUUUACAGUGAUGAACACACACACACGCUAACACUCAUACCACACAUAUGUUUUCUCAAUACAUGAACUUCAUUGGUUCUCCGCCAACCUACAAUUGUCAGAUUAAUGUCAGUAACGUCAGUAGUUUUCUGUAAGGACCUGUUCAACACUUUGACCUGGAAUGCACAUAUUGCCUGACUCUCUCUUCCUGUCGAAUUAUAUGUACAUUAAACUUGUCCCACCAGUACAGCAGUAGGGCUGAGUACUCCAUGAGCAGCAACAUGUUUGGAAGUAGAAAAAGAGGGGAAAUAAGAACAGAGGUUCAAACUUGACCUGUCAAUUUUGUUUAUGUGGAUGUGCUUAUUAGUUUGAAAUGCUGUGGCAGACAUUUGCAUUACUUACACAUGGAACGUUUACGUGUCUGUCGGUCACCAGACACACAUGCAAAAACACGCACACAAGUAAACUCACACGCACUUGACUAGGCUCUUUGAUUGGUAAUGUGUCGCCACUUGAGAAGUGUUUUCACUGGACCUUAAUGGAUGAGUCAAUUAGCAGUACGAGGUGGGGGAGGCCAUUGCUCACACCCAC